AUGCUUAAGACCAAUGCCGGCUCGGGCAAAAGAACGUGGCAAGAGAACUACCAUCUCGCCGAGCCGCUCAUUCGACAAGCCUGUGCGACAUCUGGAACCCCGAGGCUGGCAAUCGGGAUUUUCAACCACGAGGGCAAGAAGUUCGACAAGUAUCUGGGUUAUCACGAUGUGCACCAGAAACUUGACCCGGAUCCUGAGACUAUUUUCAACAUCGGGUUUAUGUGUAAAGGCUUUACAGCCGUCGCUGUUGCCUGCCUCGUCACUGAUGGAAAACUACACUGGGACGACUGCAUUGAGAAGUUCAUCGAUGAACUCUAUGGUACUAAUAUUGGUCAUUUCACUAUCCGAGACCUUUUGAGCCAUCGAAGUGGUCUAUCUCGAUCAGAUGCGCUCUUUAUCGGAUCCGACAAUCAACUCCUACUGUCUAAAGCUCAAGGGACUUCAUUACUUGCCUCACUUGACACGGACAAUCCGCGUCGUCAAGACUUUAUCUACAACAAUUUCGGUCAUCACGCAGUUGGUUGUGUCAUUGAAAUGGUUUCGUGUAUGACCUAUGGUGAUUUUCUCGAAAAGCGCAUUUUCAAACCUCUGAGAAUGACUCGUUCAUUUACAACGCUUCCCUCAUCCCAGGAUAAGAAUGUAUCUCUCGCAUACAUGCCAUACUACAAUCUCGAACUCCUACAAGUUCCCAGUCCUCUAAUAUCGAGCGAUACCGUUGCCUUCUCUGCAGGGGGGGUCCGCAGCUGCAUACGCGACCUAGUGACCUUCUACAGUUCUCUCCUACGUGGGCUUACUACAUCUAAGAAACUUGAAAGCAUCAACCUCGAUUAUGACAACCUCCACAAGAUAUUUGAAGCUACAAUGCCCCUCAAGGUCGCCACAUCGCUUCGGGAGCAGUCAUAUGCUUUAGGGUGGGCACGCACCCAGUUGCCAAAUCAGGUCAGCGAGAUCACUGGUAACUCAGGGUUAUUAGAAGACUAUCCACGUCUCGGGAGUUACGAGAAUGGGCCCUUACUAUUCCAUCAUUCUGGAAACAACAUUGGCUGCUCCUCAUCAGUCUAUUUGAUGCCAGAACUGGAUAUCGGAAUCGUUGUACUCGGAAAUUCACUGGGCCAUUGUGAUGCAACUGACUGGGCCUGCCAGAUUCUGACCGAAACUUAUCUGAACCACAAGACCAAGAUCGACUUUCCUUUUUUCUUCUCCUCCGUAGCUUCGAAGGGACGUUCAGCUAUGGAGCGAGUACAAGAUUCUCUUGAAAGAGAACGAGAACCAAGCGAGCCUCCGAUAAACCUAAGCGUAUACAAAGGGUUCUUUUGGCAUGCAUCGCGCCAAUUUUACAUCCAAGUCUUGCUUAACGCAAAUGUAAAGCUGGCAAUGUUGCUCCAGGGUCGAAAUACUGAGAAGUAUAUUCUUCGCCAUUACCAUCGACACACUUUCUUGUUUAACGAAACUUUUGAUCAAGUUGUUCAACGCGGUCAGUGGUGCAGGCCAUGCUGGUUUUACAAAAUACAUUUUGUGUGGCGUGAUGAAUUGGUUAUUGCUCUGAGAUGGAAGAUUGAUGAUACGCAGGAAGAAGGGUGUGUUUUUGAGAAGCUUGAUUGA